CAAGCAUGUCAUUCACGGGACCAGUUUAAUUGUGCUGGAAAAUUAUAUCUGACUGUAGCCAGUAGAAAUAGUUCUUAACGAAAGGACACAGUAUUACAAGACUGUCAUCGAUGAAUAAAGGAAUGUAACAGCAAAAGAUGACAACCAAAAUUUUACAGAAGUUAAGACCUCUUGACUUUCCAGAAUGCUCCAAGCAGGCUAUCAACUAUCUAGUUUCCUGUAUCUCAUCAGAUGACCAUGGAUCUUUACCUGGGUUAUCAGGGACACCAGAAAAUUUGGCACAGGACGUUGCUAAAGAUUAUAUUUUAUUUACAUCUCAGAACCAAAGAGGCCAUAGAAGAUUAAAUGCCAUUCAAGAAUUACAUAUGUUAGAGAUGUUAUGUACAGCUAUUGAUGAAAUCUCACAGGGAUCCAGAUAUAAAUUAUUUAAUGUUAUAUUUGGUGGUAAACAUGAACCUGUCAAGACAAGUUUACUGACAAAAUUAGUAUCAUUAGCUCUGUCUAUCAGAUGUGGAGCUGUGCUUGACUGUGCUGCCCUCUGGAUGCAGGAGCAAGGUUGUCAUAGUGAUGGAGUGUGUAAACUUGCCCAUAGUUUGGUAGAAGAAUAUUGUAUGUUGUACCCCAGUGUCAGUGAAGCUUUCCAUGGUCUACCCAAAGUGUCUCCAUUGUUUACAUGUAAUUUUAUAUCAGCAGCCGUCACCAUAUUUUACUUCAAUGAUAAUCACAACAUCCCACCAUUGGGACUAUUAGAUGCCAUAACAGAUUGGAUCUCAUCAGAUUCUUGUUUGUGUUUUGAAUCAGUCAGACUUGUCAGAAUCCAGUCAAGUUUCUCUUGUCCAGUUUUUGGUUUAUUCCGCUGGUGCAUUCUGGGACACUUAGUGACUGCUUGUAACCAUGACAAAAAAGUUGACAUGGAAACAUCAACAAAGACAUUUGCCUUACUCUCUAAACUUCAUUUGUGUAUUCUGCAGAAUUUACAGUCUUACAAAAGCAUGGAACUGAAUCAGAUUUUGUUUCAUUUACAAGACUUUAUUAGCAUUGCCACUGCUGUGAGACAAUGUUGCCAGAACUGGAAAAUAAGUGAAGAGAACUUUUACAUGUUAAUAGAAAGAAUUGGUCAAGUUUUACAGGUUGCCAUAGUAACAGAAAGUUUAAAAAUAGAUCAAGUGACGGGAACAGAAGGUUUAAAAGAAUUAUGCAGCAUACUUCCACCAAAUAGACUACUCAAAAUAAUAUACAACCACCAUUCACAGAGAGGAAAUCAACAUUUUCAACCUAUGGACACAUCAUGAACAAUACAAACAUACAUUUAUACUUUGGUGCUUUUAUCUUGUGAAGAACGAAUAGAAUUGAAAGUAAAACAAUGUUUAUGUAUGAUCAGACUGAUUUUUGUCAAAAAAAUUGAGGUAUUGAUGACUUGUCAAGAUUGGAUUAUAGAUCUUGUGAUUCAAUUGUCAAAAUAAGUAAAGAAAAUUUCUUUGUUUUAUCUGAAAAUAUCAGUGAAUAUUCAAAAGUGCAUAAUAAACAAAUAAAUAAAAGAUGCUACAACAUUAAA